UCACUCAUCAUAGGUCAUCUUGUCUUGGAUCUGGCCCAGGCCCGGUCCACACUGGUGCUGCCCACCGGCCUCAUCACCCCGGCCGGCACCAUGACAGUGACCCUGUGCAGCAGCCGGGAACUGCCCUCAAGGCCUGAUGGGGUGCUGCAUGUGGCUCUGCCCUCCGUGCUCACCCCACUGGCCCCGCCAGGUCCGCCGGGCCCCCCCAGACCUCCGGGGCUCUGUGACGACAGCCCUACCAGCUGCUUUGGGGUGGGCAGCCCUCAGGAGGAAGGUCUGGCCUGGGAAGAGCCAGCUGCCCCUCCGGACGUGUUCUUAGGCCCUGCCCGCUGCCCUGCCCCGUACACCUUCUCCUUCGAGAUGCUGGUGACUGGGCCAUGCCUGCUGGCAGGCCUAGAGAGCCCCUCUCAUGUUCUACGGGCAGAUGCCCCACCUCACGCCAGCUCUGCAGCCACCAUCUGUGUCACACUGGCAGAAGGCCACCGCUGUGACCGGGCCCUGGAGAUCCUGCUGCACCCCAGUGAGCCCCACCAGCCGCACCUGAUGCUGGAGGCCGGCAGCCUGAGUUCAGCAGAAUAUGAGGCCCGAGUGAGGGCCCGCCGGGAUUUCCAGAGGCUACAGCGAAGACACAGUGACGGGGACCGGCAGGUGUGGUUCCUGCAGCGACGCUUCCACAAGGAUAGCCUAGAGAGCCCCUCUCAUGUUCUACGGGCAGAUGCCCCACCUCACGCCAGCUCUGCAGCCACCAUCUGUGUCACACUGGCAGAAGGCCACCGCUGUGACCGGGCCCUGGAGAUCCUGCUGCACCCCAGUGAGCCCCACCAGCCGCACCUGAUCUCCAAGCCUGGACACCUGGGCACAGCAACACGGGAGCUCCUCUUCCUGCUGGAUGGCAGCGCUGUCGCACACAAGGAUGCCCUUGUCUUGGCCGUGAAGUCCCUCCCGUCCCAGACUCUCAUCAACCUGGCCACGUUUGGCACAGCAGUGCAGCCCCUCUUCCCCGAGAGCAGGCUUUGCGGUGAUGACGCUGUGAGGCUCAUCUGUGAGAGCGUUGAGACCCUGCAGGCUGCGGGAGGCCCCCCAGAUGUGCUGGCUGCGCUGGACUGGGCCCUGAGGCAGCCCCAGCACAGGGCCCACCCUCGGCAGCUGUUCCUGCUCACUGCGGCCUCACCCGUGGCCGCCACUACCCACCAAACCCUGGAGCUCAUGAGGUGGCACAGGGGGGCGGCCAGGUGCUUCUGCUUCGGGCUCUGGCCUGCCUGCCACCAGCUGCUCCAGGGUCUGUCUGCCCUCAGCAGGGGCCGGUCCUACUUCCUGAGGCCUGGGGAGAGGCUGCAGCCGCUGCUGGUGCGGGCUCUGCGCAAGGCACUGGAGCCGGCUUUGAGCGACGUCUCUGUGGACUGGUUUGUGCCAGACUCGGUGGAGGCCCUGCUGACGCCCCGGGAGAUCCCAGCCCUCUACCCCGGGGACCAGCUGCUCGGUUACUGCUCACUCUUCAGGGUGGAUGGCUUCCGGCCUCACCCCCCUGGGGGCCAAGAGCCUGGCUGGCAGAGCUUGGGCGGCUCCAUGUUCCCAUCCCCAGAGGAGGUGCCUUCUGCCACCAGUGCUGGCACUGAGCCCACUGGCACCUCAGAGCCACUGGGAACAGGCACUGUGCCAGGAGAGCUGUCCAGUCCAUGGGCUGCUGGAGACUCAGAGCAGAGUACUGAUGCUCUGACAGACCCAGUCACGGACCCCGGACCGAACCCCUCUUCUGACACAGCCAUAUGGCGUCGCAUCUUCCAGUCCUCGUACAUCCGGGAGCAGUAUGUGCUCACUCACUGCUCCGCCAGCCCGGAGCCAGGCCCGGGCUCCGCAGGCAGCAGCGAGUCCCCUGGCUCCCAGGGCCCUGGCUCCCCUGAGGGCAGUGUUCCCCUGGACCCCCCCUCGCAGCAGGGCUGCCGCUCCUGCCCCCUGCCGCCACCCCCACUGGCACCAGUCAAGACUGGGGCCUUGAGUGCUGAGGAGCUGAACCGUCAACACAGAGCGGCUCUGGCUGGCCGAAGCCUCUCCUCACCCCCCGGCCAGGCGAACCCAGUCCCUGGCCGUCCCCGGCACCCCUCUCUGGGUGCAGCCCCAGAUGGGCCAGGCCCUGAGUCGGGGCAGCAGCUGGGACAAGGCCUGGAUGACUCAGGAAACCUGCUCUCCCCAGCGCCCAUGGACUGGGACAUGUUGAUGGAACCACCCUUCUUGUUCACGGCUGUCCCCCCUGAUGGGGAAUCCGCACCCCCAGCAGUGUCACUGCCUCCACAGGCUCCACGCUGCCACGUGGUGAUCCGGGCCCUGUGUGGGGAGCAGCCUAUGUGCUGGGAGGUGGGUGUUGGGCUGGAGACACUCUGGGGGCCUGGGGACGAUGGCUCCCUGCCUCCAUCACCCCACGAGAGAGAAGGUGCUUGGGACCAAGCACUCCACCGGCUGACAGCAGCUUCUGUGGUCCGGGACAAUGAGCAACUGGCUCUCCGAGGGGCUGAGACCAUGGCUGACUGGGGCCAUGCCCGGAGGUCCUGGCUCCGAGCCCUUCAGACAAGCAAGGUCAGCUCUGCCCCUUCCUGCUUCACCUGCCCUGUAGCUGUGGACGCUACCACUAGGGAGGUCCUGCCCUCAGUGCUGCAGGUGCGGAGCUCAGAGCCAGUAGAGCCCCCAGGCACCCCUCCCGCCUCUCAAGGCCACCGAGAUGCAGCUCUGCCCACAGUUGUCCAUUGUAAAGGCCUUCAGGGAGGCUCUCUGGCAAGUGGCUCACAUCCAGACCAGAAGGACAACUCCACGUCUGCUUUGGAGGAUCCUGUAACCCCUACCCGAGGUCCUCAUACCGUGUCCCCUCAGCCGCCUCUGAAGCUCAGCCUGGGCCAUCGGAAGCCCAGAGGCCCAGACAGCCGUAGACUCUGCAGCCCCAACACAGGCCAGGCCAGUGACGGCAACAGUGAAGGCAGCAACCAUGACUACUUGCCCUUGGUGCGACUGCAGGAGGCACCUGGCUCCUUCCGCCUGGAUGCACCCUUCUGCACUGCGGUGCACAUCCCACAGGAGCGCUUGUGCCGCGCCUCACCCUUCGCCGUGCACCGGGCCAGCCUUAGCCCCACUUCAGCUUCCUCUCCCUGGGCACUUCUUGGCCCUGGUGUCAGCCAGGGAGACAGUGCCACGGCCUCCUGCAGCCCGACCCCCAGCUCAGGCUCCGAGGGUCCAGGCCAGGUGGACAGUGGGCAGGGUUCAGACACGGAGGCCUCAGAGGGGGCAGACGGGCCGAGUGGUGCUGACCUGCGGGGCCGGACCUGGGCCACAGCAGUGGCACUAGCGUGGCUGGAGCACCGCUGUGCCGCUGCCUUCGGUGAGUGGGAACUGGCAGCAGCUAAGGCGGACUGUUGGCUGCGGGCACAGCACUUGCCCGAUGGCCUUGACUUGGCCGCGCUCAAGGCUGCAGCCCGGGGUCUUUUCCUGCUGCUGCGUCACUGGGACCAGAACCUGCAGCUACACCUGCUGUGUUACAGCCCGGCGAACAUGUGAAGGCUGCCCACUGCUGGGGUGGCGCCCCCGCAACAGAGUCAAGUCACUGCCACCCGGGCCGGCUUCUCGGUGCCGGGAAGGAGUAGGUUGGUGCCAGCCUGCCCCCCACUGCUUCUCAUCCCCUUCCAAAACCCUUCAUCUCCCACAGAAAGUGCCUGCCUGUGCUCUCUCCCACUCCUUCUACCCCCUGCUCCUUCCCCUCUGAACUCUGUACAGUGCGGUAAAAGAGGAGAGAGCCACAGCCCCCAAAACCUAUGCAAUAAAGUGCCUCUUAAUACCACC